UUGACGUGCCAGCACACCACCAUCUUGGGAUCUGGAGCCGGUGUCCCAAGUUCGGGGGACUCUGUCGGUCGGUACCGGCCCGGGUCUGCGCCGCGCAGCGAGGACGCGGGGUGUCUGGACUCCGCCAGGAUGUAGACUUGCGUUUCCCUGGGAAAUCCUUAUGACUCACAGCUUCCAGAAGGUCCAAGGGAGGAACUCUAUUCCCUGGAAGUUGGAAAUGGACACUCCAUGACCAGACCAGAGUUCAUCUUUGAGUGGGAGCUUCGGUUCGGGCCAUGGACCACAGCAGAAGCCUCAAUUCGAUGCGUGCCCGGAUCAUCUUGAUCAAGAGGCACUAAUGCCAUGUCUGUUUCCUGGUGACAUGCUGCAGCCUUGAGAACCACGGCGAGGACACUGGGUGUCCUGGGACCUGGAAAUGGUGUUGGUGUCAUUUGAGGACAUAGCCGUGGACUUCACCUGGGAGGAGUGGCAGGACCUGGACGCUGCCCAGAGGACCCUGUACAGGGACGUGAUGCUGGAGACCUACAGCAGCCUGGUGUCCUUGGGGCACUGUGUGGCCAAACCUGAGUUGAUCUUCAACUUAGAACAGGGACUUGGGCCACGGAGCACAGCCGGGGCUUCAGGCUGGAACCUCUCAGAUGUUGACAAAGUGAGUAGGCUGGUUGAUACCAUCCAGGAAAAUGAUAGCAGACGUUUCUGGCAAAUUGAAAUCAACAGCCACACAUCAAAUGAAGAACUGGUUAAAGCAGAACUGAAGAUUCAAGAGGAAAUCCACCGAGGGGCAAAAUCCUAUGACUGUGAAGUAUGUCUGGAAGCAAUUUACCUGAAGCCGCAGUAUAGCAGAAAGCAGAGAUAUCACUCCUGCGAGAAUCCAUGCGACUGUAAGGAAUGUGGAACAGCUUUCUACUCUAAGUCUCCCUUCCGUCGCUAUCCGAGGCUCGAGAGAGGUGAGAAACCCCAUGCAUGUAUAGAGUGUGGGAAAUCCUUCUACUGCAAGUCUCACCUCACUGUGCAUCAGAGGACCCACACAGGCGAGAAGCCUUACGAAUGUAAAGACUGCAGGAAAGCUUUCUACAGCAGGUCCCAGCUCAAUGUGCAUCUGAGAAUUCACACAGGCGACAAGCCCUACGAAUGUAAAGCCUGCAGGAAAGCUUUCUACCGUAAUUCUGACCUCACUGUGCAUCAGAGAACUCAUACAGGUGAGAAGCCCUAUGAAUGUAAAGUGUGCAGUAAAGCCUUCUACUGCAAUUCACAGCUCACUGUCCACCACAGGACGCACACGGGUGAGAAGCCUUAUGAGUGUCAAGACUGCAGCAAAGCCUUCUACUGCAAGUCCCAGCUCGCUGUCCACCACAGGACGCACACCGGUGAGAAGCCUUAUCAGUGUCAAGACUGCAGGAAGGCCUUCCAGUGUAGGUCAGACCUGACCCGGCACCAGAGAACUCACACUGGCGAGAGGCCAUAUGAAUGUAACGAGUGCAGGAAAGCUUUCUACCGCAAGUCAGACCUCACGGUGCACCAGAGAACUCAUACAGGGGAGAAGCCCUACGCAUGUAAAGAGUGCAGGAAGGCGUUCUACUGUAAUUCACAACUUACUGUACAUCAACGACAACACACAGGCGAGAAGCCUUAUGAAUGUAAAGACUGCGGGAAAGCUUUUCAGUGCAAAUAUGAGCUCACUCGACACCAGCGAACACACACAGGUGAGAAACCUUAUGGAUGUAUAGAAUGCAAGAAAGCUUUUUACACCAAGUCAGAUCUCACUCGGCAUCUAAAAACUCAUAGAGGUGAGAAACCCCAUGCAUGUAUAGAGUGUGGGAAAUCCUUCUACUGCAAGUCUCACCUCACUGUGCAUCAGAGGACCCACACAGGCGAGAAGCCUUACGAAUGUAAAGACUGCAGGAAAGCUUUCUACAGCAGGUCCCAGCUCAAUGUGCAUCUGAGAAUUCACACAGGCGACAAGCCCUACGAAUGUAAAGCCUGCAGGAAAGCUUUCUACCGUAAUUCUGACCUCACUGUGCAUCAGAGAACUCAUACAGGUGAGAAGCCCUAUGAAUGUAAAGUGUGCAGUAAAGCCUUCUACUGCAAUUCACAGCUCACUGUCCACCACAGGACGCACACGGGUGAGAAGCCUUAUGAGUGUCAAGACUGCAGCAAAGCCUUCUACUGCAAGUCCCAGCUCGCUGUCCACCACAGGACGCACACCGGUGAGAAGCCUUAUCAGUGUCAAGACUGCAGGAAGGCCUUCCAGUGUAGGUCAGACCUGACCCGGCACCAGAGAACUCACACUGGCGAGAGGCCAUAUGAAUGUAACGAGUGCAGGAAAGCUUUCUACCGCAAGUCAGACCUCACGGUGCACCAGAGAACUCAUACAGGGGAGAAGCCCUACGCAUGUAAAGAGUGCAGGAAGGCGUUCUACUGUAAUUCACAACUUACUGUACAUCAACGACAACACACAGGCGAGAAGCCUUAUGAAUGUAAAGACUGCGGGAAAGCUUUUCAGUGCAAAUAUGAGCUCACUCGACACCAGCGAACACACACAGGUGAGAAACCUUAUGGAUGUAUAGAAUGCAAGAAAGCUUUUUACACCAAGUCAGAUCUCACUCGGCAUCUAAAAACUCAUGCAGGGGACAAACCCUGAAGAUACUUGAUAAGUCAGUCCUUGACUGACACCAGAGAACACACAUACAAACUCGAAUACCAUAAAAUUAGGCUAAAUCUCAGAAUUCAUAAAAAUUCAAGAAACCAUUGAUGUAAGAAAGGUCUCUAGCUCAUCUCCACAUAUAGACCAGUUAGUUUAGGGAAUGUGGAAAGACUCUGUGCUCAAAUCUUUUGUGACAUCAUACAGUGUAUGCAGGUGAAUUCCCCUUUGAAUAUAAAGGAUCCUAGAACACUUUGUUUCUUAAAUCAUAAAGCACAUCCAGUGGCAGGAAAUCUCAUCCAGACUUCAUCAAUAUGCAUGACAUGGAAAAUGUUGGUACCUAAGUCAGGCUCAGUCUGCAGGAGAUCUCACAAAGGUGUAGUAGUGCACAGCAAAUGAUUUAGCUUGGUACUGCAUUCCAUCCUGCCCCAUUGGGCGAUCUUGGCAGGACUCAUUUGGACUUGAUGUUUAACAGCACAACAAGACAUGAAAUCAAAAGCCCAAGGAAAUCCCAGCAUGGUGCUGCUCAGGUUUCAUACCAGUACUCAGGGGCAGCGUCACACACAUCAGUGCGAGUGUGUGCUGACCUUUUCAGCAUAGUGUGCUCUGGGCCAGCUGGGCAUUACAGUUAAAUCCUGUCAUGACAAAAGUGAGAAAAUGUUAAAUGGCAACCAAAUCCACAUUGUGGUUAAAUCAUAAGAAAGAAUAUGAGUGACUGUUUAAACAGUACUUGAACCUCAACUGACGUCAGAAACACAACAAAAAUACAGUAAAGCAUAGGAGUGUGAUAUGGGAGUACAGGUGCACAUUACAUCGUCAUAUUACAUCACCACGUUACAUCACCACAUUACAUCACCAUGUUACAUCACCACAUUACAUCAUCAGUAUAAUGACUUCAGUAUUCAGCUGUAGACACAGUAGGAGCCCUAUCAGUCUACAGGUUAUAAAAGCUGCACUCACACUCAUGCAAGCAUGACAUCAAGUGUGAAAGUGAGAACACGUUUGAAUUUAAAAAAUGAGCUUGAGUGUGGCUCAGUCACACGUGCUUGAGAAGCACGCGCAUUUCCUGUUCUGGGUUUGAGAGUUCUUAUACAUCACCUGCAGCUUCAACAUUCAUACCCAUGAGGCCAUUUGGGAGAGUAUAAGCAAUUGCGAAGAAGUUGCAACAAAUUGAUCACACCAUUUUGAGUGCUGUCAGUAAAAUCACACCUUGUUUAGUGAGACAAGGUCUACAUAUACAGGCCAUGCUGACUUUGAAUUCUUUGUAUCGUGGGCAGUUCUCCUAUUCACAGUCAUACUGAUUCAAGCUCUUGAGACCUUGGAGCAGAGGAAUGGCCUUCCAUGCAAUCAUAUAUAUCUUUAAUAUGUGACAUUUUCAGUGAAAUUUCAGCAUUUUUAUACAUCAUACAUUUGGGGAAGAAAAUUCAGUUUAUGUAACUUGCAUGUUAAUUUCCAGAUGGAAUUGUUUGAAAUGGCAUUGGAAAUGAAGCAUCCAACUGUAUACUACAAAUAAACACAAUGAUAUUUCCAGCCAGUGUAAA